UUUCAUUUUUCUUUUGUGAAUGCAAUGUGCCUCCCUAAAUAGCAGUCGUGUAGAAAGGGGGAAAACAGCUGUCUGUCUGGCAACCUGUCCAGUCCAGCACACAACUGCCCAUAAAACCAAAAAUUCUUAUUUUUACACUUUGCUUUUGUAGCUAGCUAGCUACAUAUUCAACGGACGAGAUAUAACCUGUUAAUUAGUGAGCUUUCAACGUUGCUGGUACGUGGUUUUUGUUCCUUUUGGACUGAGUCUUUAUGCUAAGCUAAACUAGCUGUCUUGUCUUAUGGCUGUAAGCUAACGGUUCAUGUCGAAAGAACAGGUAUUUUAGUUUUUAAUUAGAGUUCUUCUCAAAAUGUCAAACUAUUCUUUUAUCACUGUCCAUACAUCUGCUUACAGUUAGCUACAUUAUGAGUUUAAAGUACAGUGUUACUGUGAGUCAUUUAUUCUCCGCUAUGCUUAACGUUAAUGUUAUUUGUUUAACUUUUGAGAUGGCCACUGUGCUUAAAUAUUAGCUAACUAAGCUCGUUCAACGUCCUGUGGGACUACACAGACUGACUGAGGGGACUUUCAGCCAAGUGACUACCAGUCUGGAUGUCUGCACGCUGAGCUGCGGUGAAGAAAUGGUUAAUCAAGGAUGCAAAAACAGAGACACCGUGAAGGAAGGAGAAGCCGGGUUAACAGACGAGCUGCAGACCAAGCACCGCGACAUCCUGGACAAUAUCCCCGGGUGAUGUGUUUGAUCCGCUGGCCUGUGUGCUGAGGGAGACACCGCCGAGCUUAAUCUGAAGACCUGCAUCGCAUUACCACAGAUAGAAAAUUUGCGUGAAAGCAAGAGGAAAGAUGGUGACCGUGGAAACCCCAGAUGCUCCUGUACCUCUGACAGCGCUGUCACGCUGGUACCUCUACGCCAUUCAUGGCUACUUCUGCGAGGUCAUGUUCACUGCCGCCUGGGAGUUUGUGGUGAACUGCAACUGGAAGUUCCCCGGCGUGACCAGUGUGUGGGCGUUCUUCAUCUACGGCACCUGCAUCCUCAUCGUGGAGCAGAUGUACCUGAAGCUGCGCGGCCACUGCCCCGUGCUGCUGCGCUGCAUCAUCUACACUUCAUGGACGUACCUGUGGGAGUUCGGCACGGGGCUGCUGCUGCGCCAGUUCAACGCCUGCCCCUGGGACUACUCCGAGUUCCGCUACAACUUCAUGGGACUGAUCACAGCUGAGUACGCCGUGCCGUGGUUCUGUGCCAGCUUCACCGUGGAGCGCUUUGUUAUCCGGAAAACGCUUCGGCUGCGAUUCCACAAGGGGCCCGAGGACGGUUGGUCAAACAAUCAGUUGGAUGCCGGGGCAGGAGGAACCGUGGGUGGUGGGAGAAGGAGAGAGGGGGGCAGAGGGAUGGCAAAUGAUGCUAAUGGCUACCUUAAAGGAGAAUGAAUGAAGGAAAAACUCAAUCUGAAACCAGCCCAAUUGCCC